CGCGCAGGCUUUCUCUGAUUGCCAAAGCUUCGGUGCGUGCAUUUCUCGCUUUCUUGUUAUCGGGUUAAAUUGAGGUUCAGCAAUUGUGAAAUGCAUCGGAGGUAUUUCAGUAUUUGUGGGAUUUAUGAUUCCAUGCCCAGAUGCUUGCAUACAAAUGAAGCCAAGGAACAACAUUACAAUCUGCCAGUGCUAAUAUCGUAAUAUCUAGUGAGCUGGGUGAUUCAUUCUUGGAAGUAUAAAAGUAUGUGGAUGUAGUAUCAACAUUUUCCGUCAGAUGGAAAGUAGAAAUGGCAACAACACUCACUUUUUCGAGGGAAGUGGAUAUAUAACCACCGCUCAACCAUCAGAAACAACUCUGUUACAUGGGAAAAGUGCAGAAAUAACUACGACAUUUUCCUAUGAGACAAACUCUGCAAUGAACUCUGAUCUGCCAUCAUUUGAAGACAUAAUGGAUGACAAAACAAUGCUACUUCAAACCAAUAUUCUACUUACUGCUGUCCUUGUGGUUUGCUUUGCAACUUUUGCAGCAGUUAUCGCAGUUUGUAUUUGUUUCAUGAGGCGGCAUUGUCGUAAUCAGAGGAUCUCCCAUCCCAGUGGAGAACAAUAUCAUACAACUUUAGUAUCCAAGGCAACAUCUAUGACAGGCCUACAUGCCCCAACACAAGAAUAUUUUUCCACUAAAAUCGAAAAAUCAAAGGAUAUAUCUUCUGUUGACGAUCAAUGCAACCAAGUUGUGACGUGUGAACUGGGUCAAGGAAGAAGUGUGAAAAGUACACCAGACAUUUUCUCGCCUGAGUUCUCUGGGCCAGUUCACCCGAACAAGCGGCUCCAUAUACUUUCGUAUAAAAAUGUUUCUCACAAGCACUCCAACAUCUGCAAAUUGUAUAAAUGAUGUUGUAGAUACUCAUUCCCCAUCAUACACGAAAGGCAGAGUAGAUUCCCAAGCUGACAACCAGCACAUGAUGUUCUCUUUGGCAACAACACCAAGUAUUUAUACAUCUGCAUUUAGUGAUCAUAAACACAACGGUGCUCAACACAACAGAACUUCAGAACAUCACAGCUUACCAGAUUCAGGCAAUGAAAGAGACAAACUACAUGUUCGCUGUCUGACAAAGGGUCCUCAGACUCAGUCUGUUUCCUGGUUUGUUCCUCUGAAUGGAAUUCAACGAGAACCAUUGCGACAUUCUGUUGUUGAUUUAUCAGAUGAAGAAGUUGGAAUAGAUGAUGUUGCAUCCAGCCCUGAUUCCAGACCAAUGUCUGCAAAAAGGUACAGAAAAUCUCGGAAACCCGGAAAUGCUCCGUUGACUGAGGAGGUUGAGAGUGAAAAAUCUUACAAACACAAGGGCGAGUUAGUACUAUGUGAUCUUGAGAAUUUAGCACCUUCCGAAGCAUCAACCGUACUCGCUGAAAAUAUGCCAUUAAUGGUGGAUAAAGAAAACUUUCAUCUUGGUUCCUUCAAGUUGAACCUGUCACAGAUGAAAGCAAUAAUUUCAAAAGAGGUCGACUGAAAUCUGCUUUAUCGGAAAAUGGUGAAAGAGGUGAAAAUGAAGUUAAUGCAAGAUCAAGAUCAUUGUCUUCUCCAGAUGAAAAGACAAUGUGGAAACAGAGAGAGGAAAGACCUGUUCUUUUUCUUGGUGCUGAUUCAAGAUUUUUUCUUCUAGUUAUUUUUACUUGUAUGUACUGUUGCUUUCAGGACUGGGGGGGGAAUUUACCAUCGAAUGUGGGUUAAAAAAAUUGGACUCAAAUUCCGGGUUAAGAAUAAUCUUGACUCAGAUUCCAAAAAAAUCAAAUUUUGAAAAUGAAAACUUAUGCAAAGAAAGCCUUCUGAAAUAAAACUGGAAAGGAGGCUCCGUACUUGAGUUUUUUUU